AUCUUUUUAUUGCGCAUUCAAUUAAUAGUAUCAAACACGAGAUUUCUCAAGUCAAAUACUAUAAUAUAUACCAUGUUAUAUAAAUUGGAUAGUCUGAAAAGCUUGGUUUGCAUCUAUGAAUGUUCUCCAAAAUACCAACAACAACAAAACAAAAACAAAACACUUAGAAAUGUUGAGGCAUAAAUGUGAAGUCCCCCCAAGUUUUAUGCAUCUCAUUGAUAUAAACCAUAAAGAUAAAUGAGAAAACGACAAUGGCUGACUUUUUUUUCCAUAUAUAAUGGCCACUUCCUUGCAAACAUUUGGAUCUAUCCAUAAUCCAUCGAUCUAUCUUCCUCUCUCAAACAUGGGAAACGUCAACAUAUCUCCAGCUUCCUGCUUCCAACUCUGCUCAUCGCCCAAAUCCGUCUCACUCAUCUUCUGGGACGGCACAACCACCACCCUCACCCCCUCCGGCCGCCGGAGCAAGCUCAUCGCCGGCCAAAUCAUGGUAGAACAUCCCGACAAGUUGGUGUGCAACUCGGAAUCCUUCUUCCUCGGCCACCCAAUCCCCGCCUUGUCCAUCCACGACGAGCUCUUGCCCGGUCAAACAUACCUCGUCCUCCCCGUUGACCUCUUCGCCUGCACCAAAGUCCUAAGCGCUUCCUCCCUCGCCGCCUUCACCGCCGCCGCCGGAAGCCCUAACAACAAGACCCCGCUGGUCAACGGCGGGUGCCAGCCGCUUCAGUACCUGAAGGGGUCAAACGGCGGCGUUUUGAUCAAGGUGGCGCCCGAGUUUAUGAUCAGGCUUCUAUUGAAAGUUGGGAGAGAAGAAAGAGAUGAAAACGGUGAGGGGAGUAACGGGUUUCUUUGCAGCACGCCGGAGUUGAAGAAGCAUUACGAGCAGCUGGUUGGGUGUAGAGAGCAAAAAUGGUCGCCGAAGGUGGAGACGAUUUCGGAGUACAAAGUUCGGUACUCGCCGUGCCGGUUUAUAGGGUUGGAGUGGAAGCAGAAGGAGGAACAAUAUUGUUCAUAGUGAUAUGAUUAAUGAUUAUCUUUUUUUUUUUUUUUUACCUCUUCUCUAUGGCAUGGUAAUUCUGGUUUCCUAUUUUUACCGUGGAUUUGCUUGUUUUACCACAUUUGGAAUCGUUCUUAAUUGAUAUUGUCAAGUGUACAGCAAAGUGUAGAAAGACUUGUUAUUAGGUAAGGUUGGUUAAUUAUAGAUUUAUAGUGGUUGGCCCAUAAAUUAAAAUGUACAUUGAAGAUUAAAUAUUAUACGAUCGAUGUAUUCUACACAAAGAAAGCCAAAACCUAGUAAAUGACUAAUUAAUGU